AUGCUAUCCAAGAAGACAUGGGAUGUCCUCAGCACUGUCGACAACCCGGCGCAUUUCAGUCGAUUCCCAGCUGGGAUUGCACAUAACGCCAGCGAUGUUGUCACCACACUGAACAAAUUAAUCGAUAUAACUUGUACCCCCGGUUCCAAAGAGGAGCGAAAAGCCAGGCUCCGCCACCAGGCUGCUGACAAGGACCCCUUUGCAAUUUGUCACUGCACGUCAAUCCCGGAACGCCUUGUCCUAGUCUCCUCUAUCGCUGAAUUAUUGUGGAUUCAUAACGAUGUGACCGAAGAAUUGGAGCACAAACAAGCCUGCAUAAAGCAUGACAUCCUCAAAGAUUCGAUGUUCCUUGAAAAGCUUGUAAAUGCGGAGAUUGGCCAAUUCAACGCCCGGGAGACAAUCUUCGGGUUGCUUGUACAAAAGGCCUGUGCGAUGGACCCGAAAGCUGCACCGAAAAUGGUUGACACCCUCUCCAACUUUUUCCAAACAUACAAUAGCAGUGAUGAGGAGUUUGUCUCCAUGGACACAUACAUCCCAUACAGGGUGGCACAGAGCGGAUACUGGUAA